AUGGAAAAUAUUUAUAUUGACGAGAAGAAAGGACAAGAAAGUGAAAAAAUUUGUUAUAAAGAAGAACCGGUUAACAAAAGUAAUGAUAGUGAUAAUAAUAGCAUACUACAAAGUUCAACAAAUCAAGUAACUCAAAAAAAGUCAAAUUCAGAAUAUCAAGGGAUCAAUGAAAAUGACGAAUGUAAAGCAAAGAGAGAAUAUAAUAAUAGUGGUGGUGUCGUUGUUCAUGAUGUUCAUGAUGAAAAUUGUGAUAAAUUUGAUGAGGAAUCAGCUAAAAGAAAAGAAGAAAUCAACAAGACUACACCUGGAUGGUAUGUAGUAGCAAAAGAAAAAUUCAUACAAAUUCAAGAAGCUUAUAAUGUGUUGAGUGAUGAAGAGAAAAGAUCACGGUACAAUAAAUGGGAAACAACAGAUGAAUUUGCAGGUGAAGCAAAUUAUGGUGGAUUUACUGGAUUCAAUGAAGAUUUUAUAAAUAAUGUAUUUAAAAAUUUUGCCGGUUCAAGAGUUCAAACAGAAUUUAAUCAACCUUAUGCAAUGGGAUCCGAUGUCGAAUUUUCUUUAACUAUAUCCUUUAUAGAUUCGGUUAAAGGUGCUAAGAAGACUGUGACGGUAGAAACAGUGGCAAACUGUAAAUCGUGUAAUGGAAUUGGUACCAGAACAGGCAAAGAACCAGAUAAUUGCAAAGUGUGUAAUGGAUCAGGUGUACAAUACGUUUCCUUAACAACAGGAUUUCAUAUGCAAACUAUAUGUCGUGCCUGUAAUGGUAAAGGAACCAAAAUAACACCUUUAAAUAGAUGUGUAGCAUGUAUUGGUAAAGGUCAAGUAAAAGAGAAGAGAGCUGUAGUAGUUCAAAUUCCCGCAGGCAUUGAGAGUGGCACAGUAAUUAGAAUGAUUAGACAAGGGGAUGUACCAUCUGGUGGGAUAGGAAUCCCCGGAGAUUUAUAUAUAAGAUUAAAUGUCACGCCACAUAGUAUAUUUAAAAGAGAAGGUGAAAAAAAUAUUAUUAUGAAUAAGGAAAUACCAUUUCAUCUAGCAAUUUUAGGUGGUGAUGUUCAAGUACCCACGAUUGAUGGCGAUGAUGUUGAAUUAAAAGUUCCUGAAGGUUCACAACCUGAUCAACGUAUUGUACUAAACAAACGUGGUAUAAAAAUUGGUAACUCUCAAGGUGAUCAAUACGUUAUAUUAAAACCUAGAUUACCAAAACAUUUAACAUCACAACAAAAAGAAUUGAUUGAAAAAUAUGAAGAAAUCAGUGAACGAAGCACAAAGAAGAAAUCUGGUAAUUUUUUAAAAAAUCUAUUUAAUAUAUUCAAAGAUAAAAAAUAA